AUGUCUGGUUUGCCACUGAAGUUUCAGGCUGGUAUAUGUCAUCGCUUCUCGGCCUUUUGGCUAAGAUCAAGUGUAGUAUCUGUUCUUAUCAGUUUAAUAUCUGAUACGUCCCCUACCCGGGGACCAUAUAUUAAAUUGAUUUUUGGAACUGGGAGAUGGAAUAGGGGCUUGCUCCGUCCACUCCACGCAUCGACCUGGUAUUGCAGUACCUCCAGGAACGGUGCACCCCCCUCUCGAUGUAAACAACAAAUACCUAAGAUCGCGUUUGUCGAUGAAGAAGUGAGCAAAGUUAUUAAAGAGUCCGUGGAAGCAGCCAUAGGAGGAAAUACCUUCCAGCACAGCAGAGUGAACCAGUGGACCACCAGUGUGCUGGAGCAUUGCCUCAAUCAACUCAAGAAGCUGGGAAAGCCUUUCAAGUAUAUUGUGACCUGUAUUAUCAUGCAGAAGAAUGGAGCAGGACUGCAAAUAGCCAGCACCUGCUUCUGGGACAACUCCACAGAUGGAAGCUGCUUAGUGAGAUGGGAGAACAAGUCCAUGUACUGUAUCGUCAGUGUCUUUGGUCUGACCCCCUGAAUUGACUAGUUUACAAUAGGUAUUUAAAGUAAGGAGG